UCACUUGCCCCCACACACACUCGUCUCCACCUCCUCACCUCCUCCUCCUCCUCCUUCUAGCAGCCUGAUCGAGAGGGAGAGAGGGAAGAUGAUAAAAAAGAAGUAAAAGAGAAGAGAGCUGGGGGGGGGGUCUUAUUUUCUUACGAGCGGAAAAGGCGUCACACCGGGCGGAGAGCGCAGCGCGGAGGGCUGAAGAGAGGGAGACGCAUCACGGGGAGAGAGAGAUAGAAAAGACGGAGGGAGGAGGCGACAGGCUCGUAAACACGACAGAAAACGGCGAAUAGGACGGCAGACAGCGGCGAUCACCCCCCACCGCCACCCCCGUGUCCCUCCUCAUCUCUCCAUCUCCAUCCCUUUCUGCACGGCUCGUUCCUUUGCGCACCAGAGCAACUCGGUGUUUUUUGUGAUUUAUCUCUUUUAUUUGAAUCUUUCCUGGACAAACAGCCGCUCGGUCUUUCGUAGAAUAAACAUCAGAGACAAGAAAGGAGGCUGAGACAUCACCGCCACCGACGGGAUCCACCGUGGGUCCUGCCCGGGACGAUCAUCGGCGCAUCUGAUCCGGCGGAUAAAAGCGGAGGGAGGGGAAGGAAAACACUGCGAGAUGACUGUAGAGUAACCCUGCUGAGGCAGAGACGGAGAGAGAGAGACCCCGGCCCCCGGUUAUCACUGAGUCUCCAGCAUCACCAAUGCGAUGGCAUAGCGGCUUCUGCACCAAAACUACCAGACUACACUCAGAUCAGCAGGGCUCUCAUCCACCAUGAACCUCUGAAAUAUCCGACACAGGCACAGAUGGAUACCUGGAAGACAAUGGCGAGCUGAAUAGGUGGGACCGGGCCGCGGAUAUUAUCUGGCAGCAGCGAAACGAAGACAGAAUGUAAAGAAAGGUCAUGUGAGAGAUCAGGAUGAAAAUGCGGCGGCACAGGGUGUUCUUGCUGUGCACGGUGGGCCUGUGCGUCAUCUCCUUCCUCCACUACUACAAGGCCCUCCACUAUGUCUCCCUGCUGCGCGAGCUCUCCGCCCCCUACCCCAACAUCAAGUCCUUCAUUAUGGUCACCGGCUUCUUCUGGAGGGAGAAGGGUGUGGCCGCCACCCCGCUCAGCCCCGCCUCCCCCGAAGAAGCCCCUCCCCUACCCGGUCUCCGCCAAUCGGACAGCAAAGCUAGAAGCGUGGCGGGUGCGGUGGGAGGAGGAGGCGGAGGAGGCGGGAUGGGUAUGGGGAUACAGGGGGUCGUGGUUGGAGGUCCUGGGAUUGUUGGCAGUGCAGGGUUGGAGAUGAGGCAGAGGGAGGAUCCGGCAGCGCCUCACCCCUGGGAGAAACCAGAGGAGAAUCAGCGGGGAGAGUCUCCGAAUGAAGAGAGAGCCGAAGACCAUUUAAAGCCACGGAACCCCAGCCACCAAGCUCAACCUGCUGGGCCUGACCUCCCAGAGGUCCCAUUGAAUGGGAAAGAACACCGGGUGGUGUUCCCCAAGGAACAAUUGCCGGACCCCUUAGAAUCCUUGGGAGACCACCACACUCGCACUCACCAGCUUCAAGAUGACAAAACACCUUACUUUGUUCGAACCAAAGCUGGAGCUCUUUGCUUCAGGCAGGGGACUGAGGUGGCUACCCCAAAGGAGUACUCUGGGAAAUCAGGGGGGGCUGCGGCCAAUGGAGCUGGAGAAGGUGCUCGGGCUGGGGCUGCUGGGCAACGGAAACCUCUGCAAGUCCAGCAGCAGCCCUCAGUAGCGCCAAAAGCCAAGGCGAGGUCCAGGGGCAAUGGGAAGCGGCUAGUCAAGUGUGUGUGUCGGCCAGGGUGGCACGGACCUUACUGUGGGGUUCCCACCAUGGUGUACCACUCCAAUCUGCCAACCAAGGAGAGGCUGACACCCAGAGAGACCCCACGUAGGGUGAUCAAUGCUAUCAACGUCAACCACGAGUUUGACCUGUUGCACGUGCGCUUUCACGAGCUUGCCCAAGCCGUUGAUCUGUUCCUUGUAUGUGAAUCCAACUUUACUGCCUAUGGAGAGAAACGGCCUCUGAGUUUCCUGCGGCUCCUCCUCAAUGGCACGUACGACUACAUACGUCACAAGAUCCUGUACGUGUUCCUCGACCACUUCCCAGAUGGUGGUCGGCAGGACGGCUGGAUCGCUGAUGACUACUUACGCACCUUCUUGACACGCAAUGGCAUGUCCAGGGUGGUGGGCGCCAGGUCAGAUGAUGUCUUUGUCAUCAAUGACGCAGAUGAAAUCCCAGCACACGAGGGCCUCCUUUUUCUCAAGCUAUUUGAUGGCUGGACAGAACCUUUCGCCAUCCACAUGCGCAAGUCACUGUAUGGAUUUUUCUGGAAGCAGUUUGGCUCUCUAGAGGUGGUAUCAGGCUGUACAGUGGGGAUGCUCCGUGACGUGUACGACGGUGACGGUAUCAAACUGCGUCGCCGCGAAUACUACACCAUGCCAGGUUUCCGCAAGUACGAGAACGACACAGGUCACAUCCUGGUGCAGUGGUCGGUGGGCAGCCCCUUCCACUUCGCUGGGUGGCACUGCUCCUGGUGCUUCACGCCGGAGGGGAUCUACUUCAAGCUGGUGUCGGCGCAGAACGGAGACUUCCCGCGUUGGGGUGACUACGAGGACAAGCGCGACCUCAACUACAUCCGUGAUCUGAUCCGGACGGGGGGUUGGUUCGAUGGCUCCCUGCAGGAAUAUCCUCCGGUGGAACCCAAAGAGCACAUGUACGCCCCCAAGUACAUGUUAGAGCACUAUGACAGAUACCGCUACCUCCUGGAGAACCCUUACAACAAAGUGUCCAGACUAAGUGAGGGCUAGGAGUUCAGCUGGGCACAAAUAAGUGAAAUAACUAGUAGGGCCCGACUAAGGCCUCAGCACUGAGUUGGGGGGGUGGAACGGUACUGAUGAACUACAUCUCUCAUUCGGGUGAUACUACAUGUAUCUCCACCAGGCAGCACUGAUGUUGCAGGGAUUUAAAAUCUCUUAAAAAUCAUUAUUUUGGGGUCAAAAAAGGGAACACUGAAUCAUAUCCACCAUGGAUUUACAGAGAGGAUACAACCACUGGAUAAACAAAAUCAUAGUUUUCCUCAUCCUUCCCUUUUUGGGGGAGAAGCCAAGCUAUUUCUUUUUUUUGUCACCCCCACCCCUGUCCUCCCUGUCCUCACCCAAACCGAUUUGAUGCGCCUGCUGUCUGAAAGGAAGGGGUCGCUCAGAAGAAAACCAAGGGAUAUUUCGCAGGUAUGUGAAACCUGUGGAGAGGAGAAACUUGGGAGUGAAGAACUGUUUGUUUUUGUUUUUUUGUUUCUGUCUGUGUUUACUAAAGUUUACGGACCGGCUGAUGUUCCUGCUUCCCUCUCCGCCUUCAGAUGUCUUCCUGUCAUAUUUGGUGACCUCCUUCCAGAGGCAGAAACACCUUCAGAUAUUAUGUUUUUCCUGGGUGUCAGUAGAAAAUUAUAAAUCGUAUUUAAACCCUGCUGGAGUGCCCAUCGCCAAAUGAAAAAGGAAUGACUCCAUGGAGAUGUUUCAGCUCAUUCAUGUACUCACACAUCCACAUGCACCUUAGACCUGUCUGUGUGUUUGUUACAAAGAAAAAAGUGUGUGUGGUCUGUCUUCGUAUCAUAUUGUGUGGUUGUGGGCUGUGAAGGGGCGACAAGAUCAGCGAGAGGAAAAAGAAAGCGAAAGAGAAACAUCGGGGGGGGGGCAGCGAGAUGGGAAAAGCAGCACGAGUGAGACAGGAGGCAGGAAAGAAAGGAGGAUAAUGAGGGAGGAAGAGAGCGGUGAUGAAAAGGAGACUCUCUUGACAUUCCCUUCCCCACAGCGUCUGCUGACGCACGAGGGGUGUUGCAGGGAUGAGUGUGCAGAAUGUGUGUGUGUGUGUGUGUGUGUCCCGAGCUUACAAAUAGCUCUGAAUAAAUCACGCGCCUGUCAAUGGCAUCUGAGACAGAUGAAACUCGCCAUUAGUUUGUCAGAUGAGAACAAUCGAGACUAGUUGGGGAGACAUCACUCUUCCGUUUUGUCUCACUGUCUAUCCAGCAGCUGAGAAGACUUUGUUUCCUUGGAAACUAAAAUAUGUGAAUAUGGGAGACGGGAUGGGUGUUGUUAAGAUGAGUAGGUGGGUUCACAUCAGGCGAGGAGCUGCAGCACUCAGACGAGGUCAGCGCCGACUCUAGGUCCCCCCAGGUUAAAUAUUCCUCUUUCUCCUGAGCCGUCACUCGCCCACUCUCUUCCAGACUUUCUCUCUUUCUCCUGGAGCCUCUUUCUUUUUCUGUUGCUGUAUUUUUUGUUUCUGUCUUUUUUUGUGUGUGUGUGUGUGUGUGUGUGUGUGUGUGUGUGUGUGUGUCUGUGUCCUCUUAAUCCUCAUUAACAAGGCAAAUUCUUUUUUUUUCAAUUAUUCUCUCUUUCACACAUUCCCCUGUCUGUCAAAAACUUUGAAAUCAUUCUUCCUCUAACUUUCCUCCACCUACACACACACACACACACACACACACACAUUUACACUGGCUCUCACACUCCAUUUCGGGUGUGUAUCUAUUUCCUCUUAAUCCUCACAAGAAUUCGCCAUUUCAACAAUAGGGGUGUAUUUAUCUUCACUCUGCCUCAAUCCCCACCCCCACCACCGCCCCUCGCAAGUCUCUACAGGACAGGGCAGCCGUUACCACGGCGAUGCCUUCCCUCUGCCCACAGAUCACUAUCAUCUCAACAUUUAGGCAUGAGCGCUCACGCCUCCUAUCUUCUCCCCGUCGUGGACGGCUGUCGACAUGGCUACGUGCCCAAAUCCCUGCCCUGAAUUGUCUACGACUUGGCGAGCAUGCUUUUCUCUGUGGGUGCGUGUCAUGUGGGCUGAGGUCAGUGGGGAGCUGGGUUACAUUCUUGUCAAGGGCAAGGAAAUCAUAGCAGCAAUAUUUACAGUGCUAGGGAGCAGUUACGGAAGCUAAACAUGUAGCAGACGAGCACUAAUCAAAACCAGUAAACAAAAUGGCUUUUUCUUUUUAAAUCAGCCAUCUGCUUCUGUAUUGGCUUUACAGAUACUGUUUACCUCAGCCUCACACUAGACGUUGUUUCAAGGUGAACGGCUCCUCAAGAUGAAUAACAAGUUUUGGGGAGGAAACUUGAGAAGUUGCUGAGAAUAUUUUAAAACCUAAAGGCAAAAUGUUGUAGCUUGUAGCAAUGCAGAAGGUUUCAAAUCCUCUAUUUUCCACCUGCUUCACGUUGCUUAAAGCAUCGUUGAGUAAGACAUUGAACCUCCUCACUUAUCAUUUGCAUUACGUUGUUACAAAACCCCCCAAAACGCAUAAUGAAAGCUUCUAGAUUAUUGAAUCAGUAGUGAUACAGAGAAUUAGCAAAACUGGCAUUAGUGUGUGUGUGUGUGUGUGUGUGUGUGUGUGUGUGUGUGUGUGUGUGUGUGUGUACCUUGGUCCAUCACCACACUGGCUCUUCAUGGCUGUAAACUCAUGGUGGGAAAAUCAGAUUAGCCAACAGGCCGCUGACAGUUGUGUUGGGUCUGCGCUGCUGCCUCGAUGGCAGCGUGGUCUGCGGUGGCAGCUGUUACGGGUUUGGUACUGCUGUCGAGAGCCAAACCCCCCGAUCCAAAACCCAGAGGGGGCUGCAGAGAAACGAGCUUUAAAUAGGAUUUGACAUGAGACGGCAGAAGGGAUGACAACAGUGCUCGAUGUUUCCCUUUUUGUUCCUAAAUUCGAUGCUCUACCUUUUUUAAAAGGUAAUGAUUGAUAGGACUACACGGAGGCGGAAGGCAAUUUGACACUUAAAGAGUAGCUCUUUCAUAUUUUCGAGAUGCUGAAUCAUGAAUUCAGGCAGUUAUCCAAAAAAGAUGAAUGUGGACCAUUUAGCAGUAAAUCACUUAUCUGCUAUUUUCUGGUGUUUGUUGGCAACUGUUCAAGCUGAUUUAACUACAGUACUACUGCUGAGUGUUUUUCUGAUCUCAGUAGAAAUUGACCAAAGUAUCUAAUUUGAUUUACAAAAAGAAAACUACAUCCAUCUGACUUCAGGGCGUGAAACCACAUCCGUGCACAGAUUCUCUCUGUCUGUCAGUGUGGUGAAAAUUAUGCUUAUCUGCUCAUUUAUACACUGCUUUAUGCAAAAAAAAAACAAACAAAAAAAAAUGCUUUAGAGCUAUACGUCAUCUCAAAAAUGUGACCAAAGGGGUGAAGGUUCAAUCCCAUCAGGGGUUGGGGUGUGAGUUUGUGUUUAAGCUCUGCCAAGAGGCGUUUAACCAUUGAUUACUCCCAACUCUCAGCCUGCUGCAGUCAGACUGCACAUCUGGUGAACAGCCAUUUGUGUGUGUGUGUGUGUGUGUGUGUGUGUGUGUGUGUUUGCAUAUCAGUAUGUAUGCUGUGCACUGUUAGAAUCGUGUGUGUGUGAGAGAAAAAGAGAGAGAGAGAGAGAGUGAGUGACAGACAGUGACUCAUAACAGAUAAGGAAGUCUGGCCUGCCGAAAGACAGGUCAGGGUUGCUUCACUCGGCCUGUUGCCCUGUUAUUGCCAUGGCAACGAUCCUCUUGAUGAAUUCCUGAGAUCCCUAGCAGCCUGAGGUCAUCAACCAAGAUAGCGGACCAAUAGAGGAAGAGAGCAGAGGGAGGAUGAUUAGAGGAAUCAAAACUUGUUUCCACUUUUCUACUUGCAUAACCUGGCUCAGGUUAAAAAAAAAAAAAAAAAAAACAACUGCAAAACUUGUCAUUGCUCAGUCACUUUCUGUAAAUGUCACACCACAGCAGAGCUGAGGAUAGUGACACAUACAUGCUGCGUGCGCCAUUACCGAACACACACCUCUUUUUUUUCUUUCUACAGUUUGUGUUUUUCAUUGAUUUGACUGACUCAUUUGCAUCAGGAGCAGAGCAGCAAGAAAAACACCUUUUUUUUUUUUAAACAUAAGCCAGGAAUAAAACAUGAAUGGAAAACAUUUUUUGGUCUGAAGAAAGACAGGAAAACACACAAAAAAAAGAGAUAGAGAGAGAGAGUCCUGGUUCAAACAAAGCCAAGGCUUGAUGAAUGGGGACUCAAAUCCAAAAAGAGACGGUUCCGAAAUAAUCCCUCCACUGCCGUUCCCAGAGCCGGUCUUAUUGGAUGAAGCGUGGUCAUGACACCGGGGAGAGGAGGGAGAUAAUAAGCUUGACCAAACAGCUUGGAUUUUUCUCUUUGAUGGGGGGGAAAGUCAUCGCGGCAAUGAAAUGAAAAUAGUCCAAAUGAAGAGAGGGGCUCAUCGUCCCUGUAAAAGAGGAAAUCUAUAAACCAGUGACAGCUUGAGUGGAAACGAGGCUGUGAUGUUGAACGACUGAGGCGGGGUUUGUGCCACCUCGCUGCGCUUGUAAUGGAUUUAAAGCGUCUCAUAUCCAUAUGAUAUGAUAGGAUAGGAGGGGUUAUGUCUUGCUCAAGGACACUUCAGCAGAUUGUGGCUCGCAGACGUUAUAAAACCUUCAACAUUUAUGUUAGUGGACAAUCGAUCUGGUGCAUCAGUCACAUAAAGUAAUAAAGCAGUAACCUAUGAGAAAGGAAAUAAAUGAAGUCUAUAACCACAAUGUAGCCUGACUGCAACGUGAUCAGGUUUUCUGUCAACAAAUGAUCUGCAGUAAACAUGACAGCACGCUUCAGGUGAUUGGAACAGAGGGAAUAAAUUAGGUGUAAAUUCAAAAACUGUAGACGAGAUAGAGCGAUGCCGCUGCAGACGGCGGUUUGGAGUUGUGUUGCUAGGAUACAGCUCGUUGCCGUCUUUAUUUCCUUUCAGUUAUUGAUAUUGGCAAUAGGAAACUAACCUGGGACCCAUUUAGAAAGUUGGAAGUGCUGUCAAGGUGUUUUUACUAAAGAAAUAUUUGCAUCGCUCUCUGUGGAGGUCGUCUGCUGCAGUAUGCUUAGCUUUGGAUGACUGUUGGAUUUCAGCCAAGCACGCAGUUAUUCCCUGACUUAACACAACACAUGUUCUUUGCAGAAAUUAUCAAUGUAUUGAGUUGUUUAGGAUUCUUGCACAUGAUUUAUGUCCCUAAGGCUUAAUGCGGCGCCUCCGACAUGUCCUCCUUUGAAGAUAUUGAGUCAAAAAAAAUCACAUACAUGUCUAAAAUAAUCACUAUUAGCCUUUGAAUCUCCCAUUGUCCAUCCCACCCUCCCCUCAGCACAUUUGUAGCGUUCAGCACGUGUGUACUUCCUGUACAGAUGUGUUUCUGCAGGGCUGAGUGCCCCCACCACCACCAGCAUCACCCCCCAGCUGUUGUUGUGCUUGCAGAGCGGCUGACUGGCUGCCUGUCUACAGGGUUUACAUGCCUUCACAACUCCGGCCCCCCGCCAGCCCUGUGGCUUCCACCGAUUGAUCUUUUCCAAGAAACAUUAGCGGGAGGCAGGAAAUCAAGGAGAGGAGGGUGCAGGGGUGCAGAGAAAAGAGUGUCAUUUCACCGGUCAUUUUCACACUAUUGCUGAGGUCAUUUUCUUUCUUUUCUUUUUUUUUUUUUUUGGGAUGGAACAUUACUGCGAAAUCACACUGAACGCUUUAAAGCCUCAUAUCAAAUCAAGAAAUUAAGUUCUUAGGAUGGAACCAGCACACGCCUCCUGUCAGGCCGCAGCAACAGAAAAGCUGCUGUUGUUGUCGUCUUGGCUGUAAACAUGUUGUUAUUCUCUGCGUAUAAGCCACGGAAAGCAUUCGCAUUCCACAAGCUGAGCAAUCACAUUAACUCCGACAGCUGCAACGAUGUGUCACCACUGAUUGGAAAGUACUUGUGCUGCUAACCACAGGCAUUGCCCAAACAAGUGCAAGUCUUUAACCUACUUUUUUUUGUGCUCAGUUUCUGAUACUUUCAAGCAGUAUUAAAGGGGACAGUCCACCCAAAUAAAAAAAAAGAAAGAUUUUCCCUUGAGUGCAACAGUAUCUGGCCAUGCAGUCAUCACUAGAGGUAAAUGUUUUUUCAGCUUGUAGGCCUGAAAGACCUUAAAGAGUUUUACUCCCUGCAAUUCUGUGACAACCAGGAAAACUGCAUAUGCUGAUGAGGAACAUGUGAUAUGAUCAAAAGUUCAGAACAGCUACUAAAAUGGACCCUGUGGUUUUCCCAACUGUUGUUCCCAAGGUCAAGAAUGAACCUAUUUUGUUUUGAAAUUUGAUGAUCCGACCCUUUAAAGCAUUUAAGAGUGUUGAACAGGAAGCCUCACAAUGUUGGAUUCUUACACUGAGAACUAAAACCUCCCUUUUGUUUAUGGGUCUUCUUAAUGAGUGAAUCAAUUGGGUGCAGUUCUGUUCUGCUCAGAAAAGCAGCCAAGUCGUGUAAAAGUUGCACUGAACAAAUAUUUGCCCAAUCAAACACUGAAUUGAGCUUCAAUCCUGCAAAGGAACACAUCAAAUCAAACAGGCAGUGAAGAAUACGAAACAGCGGAGACAUUCCUGAUGAUGAUUGGAAAAUUCCUCCUCCUGUAAACAUGUCACACGUUUUGUCUGAUGAACGCGUCUGGUAUUUAAAACAGCAUACAAUAGGAGACACGUGUGUGUCUGUACGUCAGGAGUCAUAACAUGUCUGAAUGCGUUUCAGGGCAGAUUGUUGGCUUCGGGUUGGCUGUGGGACGAGUCCGUUCCAUGAGUCCAUAUGUUGUGACACCGCAGAUCAAAAAGAUGAAAGUCGGUGUGGCACUGCACAGACAGAUGGACUCAGUGACACGUACAUACACAAAAAGUCGGGUAAGCAGACAGGCCAACACCUGGCAGCUUAUCAAAUGCCAUCAGAAACUGGAGGGAAGGGACAAGUGUUGAAUGAGUGUCUCUCUACUAUGUGGCUGUUGUUUAUGGUUUGGGGUAAACCACAUUCCAAUUACAGGCAAUGAGGCCACUGAAUAAUUGGCUUUGAAUUUUAAGUAUUUCUCUGUGAUAUGUAACUGACUAUCGGUAGACACUAUAAUUUACUGAUGCUCCCUAAAUGCCUAAACAUGCAAGGUACUGCCUGUGUAUGGGAAACGCCGUCAUUGCAAAUUAUUGAAGCACUGACUCAGUUACUUUGGUUGCACCAGUUGAGGUCGGUGGUAACUGCGGUGUGUGAACGAGAAAGAGUUGAGAGGGAUCUGCUUGUUUCACAUUAGCUGUCGGCUUCUCCGUUAGCUGUACAUCAAAUUGGCAUCUUGCUAAGUGCGCGCUGAGAUUCCUUGCAUUUCCUGAGUAUUUGUUUUGGCAUGGCACAUCUUGCAUCCAGCAGCUAGGUCUGCCGAUGCUAACGCUAGGAGGGCACCCUUACGCUACUAAGAGUCAAAUAGCUGAAGACAGAUUGCAACACUGUCAUCUAGUGGUCAGGGGUUUAAACAACACAAAAUGAUCCGCCGUCUGCCACAAAUCUUUGCAUGGAAACUGUUAAUUAAAGAUUGAUAGUGUUUUUGAGGAUUGAUACAUUAUCUCAAAACCUACUCAAGUGUAUUGGUAUUUUCUUACACCCCUAACAGUUUGGGAAGGGCCUCUCUUGUUUCAACAUGACAAUGCACCCAUUGGCCAGCGUCAGUGCCCCACCUCGCGAGCAAGUCCCGGCAGCCAGGUUCCAAAAUCCUUUGAAAAGCCUUCCCAGAAAAAGGGAGGCUGUUACAGCAGCAAAUCAAUGCCCACAGUUCUGCAGUAUCACAUAAAAGACGUCCACAUACUCUUGGCCAUUCAGUGUGCGUGCAUCUGUGUGUGACUUUGUAACUCAAGCCUAUACCUGCAAUUCCCAGAAACUUUCUGUCCCUAAGCCGCCCGACCUGAACUGAGACAGAGGCAGAGAAAGAGAGGGCGACGGGGUUAGAAAGAGGCAAAUGAAGGGGAGGGAAGAGUGAGGGAAAGAGGGCGAGGGCGAGCCUCCAGAGGGGUUUGAAUUCCCUGCAAUCAGAAACAGAGACGGAGAUGGAAAGAGGGAGCGACUGAUCCUUACAAUCACAGACUCCACACAUUUGUAGUCUCUACCCAUUUUUUUUAAAUUUUGUUUUGUUUUGCACUCAUACUUUUAUGUGAAGUCAAUCGAUGUGUCUUUCCUUCUGGAGUUUUGUUUUAAAAGUUUUAAUAUUGUUUUUGGUGGAAGGUUGAGAAACAGAGAGUGCGGGGCGAUGCGUGUCUCUGGCUCUCUGUUUUUCUAUUUAACUUUGUUUUUGUACUUCUUUUUGUAACUUUAUCCACUUGGCAGCUUGAUAUUUAAUGUCUUUUUAAGGCGGCGUGCGUGUGUGUAUGUGAGUGUGUGUGUGUAUGUGUGUGUUAGCUCAUAAGCACCAUCUCAGCCUACUGCUAGAACAGACUUCCACUCCACCUCACGGAUCUUUUACCUCCUUUGAUGCCGCAAAGGGAGACUUCAUACUGUGGCGGCCACCUUGUUUUCUCUCUUUGACUCUUUUGUUGUUUUGAUGACAUCAUCUUUUCCUCGUGACCUUAACAGCAUCACGUAACCUUUUGAUUCAUGGGUUAGUUUUUGUUUGAAUUAAUUUUUAAUUUUUUGUUUUUCUUCAUAACUCAUUUCCAACCUUAACACAUGGCAGAUACACACACUGGUGACUUCAACACACACAUAUGCAUACAUGCACACUAAGACCCAACACACACACACACACACACACAUAGUACAGCCUCUGUUUUUUCUGUUUUUUCGUUUUUUUUACUGUGGUGUCAUUGUGGCCGUGUCCUCUACUGGUCAAACAGUCAGACUACUGUAGCCGCUCUGUUUGUGCCCUCGCUGUUAUGUGAUCGCUAUGAAGGCUCGCCAUUGUGUGACCAAAAACCAUUUUUGUCAUCGCUCAGCCACUCAGAACCAGUUUGGGCCAGAGCCCCAACCCGAGAGGAACCCAGGAAAAAAAAAAAAGAAAAAAAAAGAAAUAAAAUGUCCACUUUUGCCGUCAUCUUUUAUUCAAUGUUCUGUGUCUGUCACUCAGCAGAGUGGUACUGCUUUAAUGCUUUAUGUGUCACCUUCCUUUUUUUUCUUCUCUUUUAUCACUGAUAACCCUGUUUCCUCCAAAAAAACAAAGAUGUCAAAACACACACACACACAAAAGAAAGUUUUUUUUUAAUUUUAUUUUUUCCUUUGAGUUGAAAACUGAAACGCCAGACGGAACUUUCUUCUGCCUGUAAAACUAUGAAUCGCACCUUUAUUGGAGGGAUGUGUUUUUUUGUUUUGUCUUAUUCAUACAUAAAUAUAAAUGGGGGAUGUAUAAUAUUUUUGUUUAUUUUUAAUUUUGAUGAAAGAUGUAACUGUUGGGUGGUCAGGCAAUGCAUGUAUCUUAAACAGGGUUAUGAUUGAUUUUAUUUUUUUUUUAACGCUUAUAAACGCUGGGUUUCAUCAUAAUUGGUUCAGUCACUGGUGUUUGUUUUGGGACGGCUUCAUCAAGCAGCAUCGGGAAAUACGCCGGAGACUGGUGAGCUUGCAAAAGUCCAACAGAUUUCCAAAAAGAGAUUGUGACACUAAAAUAAAUGUGAGUCAUAACUCCAUAUAUAUAACAAGACUUAACACCUCUUGUGUUCAUUUGUGGUUUUCGCUUCAGUAUUCUUCUCAUCAAACACCCUUCAAGGGAGAUGAUCAUGUAGGAAAACUGAUCAUAAAUUCACAUAAAAUUGGCAGAAACAUUUUCUCCCACUGGUCCAGACUGAGCAGAUCUGCGAUAAAGACAAGUGUGACGUGACUGCCUGGCUAAUUGCUGCUGCUUAGUGAAGCCUUGUCUACAAAUACACAGACGCACACACACUGGCCUGUCCUCACACAGUGACCACUAGGAGGUGUCCUGCCUUUCCUCUUGCAUAUCACACAUAACAAAACCACUUCCUCUGCCUUCCGUCCAUCUUGUCCUUGAAAAAGGACAAAUGACUAACUGACACAAGACACCAUGUUGCUCACACAUUUUCUCACACAAACACAAACACAAACACACAUAUCAACAAUAAGGCCUUGGCAGAUGACUGGCACUAGGCAUGGUGCAGCCACCCGGUCUCAUGUCCCUAGGGCAAAGUGCUGUCUGCAGCAAAUUAACCAGCAGGGCCGGUUGCCAGGUCCAUAUCCAUCUAAUCCUCUCUACCGUCCCGCCGGGUUGCCAGAUUUAGCCCUUCACUCCUUACACAGACUUUGUUGUGUUUAAAAAAAAAAAAAAAAAAAAAAAGGAUAAAUAAAAUAAGUUUUACAAUGUGAGAGGGAUAAUGAAAGUAGGUUAGAUGACUUGGUUCGGGUGUGUUUAUUAUUGGAUUAAGUCCUUUUGAGAGUAAGCGGGUUGUAGCACUUUUUGGGUUUUUUUUAAUUUUUUUUAGUUGACCUAAAUGAGAAUGGAGAGAUUACAGGAAACCGGUCCAUUUUGGUCUAACACACACAAACACCCCUACCUGAUUAGCUUUCAGCCUCGUUCACAUGUAGCCUGUAAAAAGUCAAAACCAGAUGCUGUUUAUGGAGCAUUUGAAAAGUGUUUGCAGAGGCUGUCGGCAGAGGACAAAGGAAGGAAAUUACAUUUUUUCCUUUUCAUUAUUGACAAAAUGGCUACAUAUGAGCAUAUCCCAUUACAUAUUGUGACAUUGUACAUUAACACAACCUGUAUCCCCCUGCCUCCCUCUGUCCCCAUGCACUGAUAAUGAUUGUAUAUGGUUGCAUAGUUUUAUUUUUUAUAUCAUUGUUGGGGCUUCAUUUUGUUUCCUGGGGUUGUUUUUAUUAUUUUGUGGUGUCAUUUUGAAAUUUUGUUUCGAUGGGUCUCUGUAAUCGGUGUGUGAAAAAGUGUGUGUGUGUGUGUGUGUGUGUGUGUGUGUGUGUGUGUGUGUAUGCACUGUAGCUGAAUGUGUGUGUGUGGGUGUGGGUGUGAGAAAGAGAGAAGAGAACGAGAUUGGGUGUGUUGUUCUGUGGCUCUGUGUUCAGCUCCCAAUGCACAUCAGCCCUUUGCUUGUGUUCAUCAUUGUGCCAGUGUGUUCAGGUGUUCCCUCGCUUCAUCCAAAAUGAAAGAGAGAGAGAAUGGGAGAUGAGGACGAGGAGGAGGAAGCAGAGGGCCUUUUCCCUCAGGGGGGGAGGGAAACACAAAUGAGAAAAGAUACUUUUGAAAAAAGGAUAUUUUUCUCCUCUUCGGGUCACAAAGAAGAGUGUACAUUUCUAAGUUAAUUGAAAAUGAUGAAUAAAAAAAACUCAUUUGUUCUCUAUAUGAAUGGCUGUAUGUUAACCAUGAACAAAAAGUAAUGAGUUCUAUGACAAAGACAUAUAAUAAAUUAAUUUUAAAAUUUUAA